CUGGGACCAGCUCGUAGGAGGGCACUGGCACGGACUCUGCUUUUUCCUACUCAUGCUUGAUGAAACAAAUUGAAGGACAGAGAGACACUUUAUCAAUCAGAACCAUUCUCCCCAAAUGAAAGCGCUCAUCUACUCCCCUUGCCCUGGGGCACUCUCAGCACUCCCUACAGCACCAAUGGCUGUAAUGCAGGUCCCCAAAGGCUGUAAUGCAGCCAACUGCCAAGAGAUGGUGAACCUGCUCUGCUGUGUCCAGACCCUCACAGGCCACCUGAAGUGGAAGUGCCAGUGCAGGCCUGAAGACUGCAUUGAUCUGAUGGAUGAAAAGGGCACCCUGAUGAACCUGAGCAAGGUGGAGGAUCCUGCAUCUGAAUAUGCCAGUAAACACCUGCAGGGAAGGCAGCGCUACAUCCUGGUCAGAGCUGUCCGAGAAGAAAACUCUGAAGCCAUCUGCUACGAAUCCUUGCUUGAGGACCUGGGGAAACACUACCCUGAGCUCCCAGAUCGGCUGCAGCAGCUCUCAGCAAAGACCCAGAGGACAGAGCAGAGGAAGAAGGGCUCCUUGCAGAGGGCUCAGCCUCACACCAGCACCCGAGCCAGGAACAGGAGCACCUCACAGAGCAAGAGAAGCCUGGAGCACAAGAGCACCCCUAAAUGAGGGACAGACCCAUCACUGGUCAGCACAGCCCCCACCAGGGCCCCAAGCCCUGCCCAGGAUCUUAUUCCAGCACAGCAGAGUCACCUGUACAGAGCCCCUCUCCCCCCAGAGAUUCACACACCCCAAGCUGUGUCAACCUGUUUUUGUAAGAUUUUCUAAGCCUUCUGAUGUUGACAUUCUUGUAGCAAACUUUCUCACACUUUCUGUAAAUAACUCAUUGCUUUGUAUUCCUUUAUGGAGGAGGAGAGAGUUGAUAAGACUGUUGGUUUGUCCAGUGUGAUUGGAGAGGUGGCACUGUCACCCUCCAAUCCAGUCACUCUUGGAAAACUAUAAAUGUUAGAGUCAGAAAAUAAACUUCCCCUUUCCUUCA